UUACUAUUACUAUUAUUAUUAUUAUAAUUAUGUAUCUGAGUCAAACACCCACAACCAAUCUCAAACCAAAGACAAAAAUAGAAAAACGCCUCUGGGGUCGUAACACUUUUAUUUCUUGAAAGUCUGUUUUUCCCAGGUUUCCCACUUCCUGCCUUCACGUGUUCACACUCCUCCUGUGUUUCCCUCCACAGUGAUUGCCUUACCCUCCACACCUGUGUGUUGUUAACUCCUCCCCUGUCAUCAUAUAAACCUGUCUUUCCCUCUGCUUCUGUUUCAGCUUCUCACUUCCUGUACAGCAGAACCAGCAGCUGGUUUUUGUUGGUUCGUUUUUCCCCUCCAUGUACCAUGGACGUACCAGUGCGGCACCACUUUCAUCCAACUUUAAAUUUACGCAGCAAGAUGGCUGAGCUGAAUUUGGGGAAGGGGCUGACCGCGGGGAAAGUGGCCAGCAAUGUCCAGAAGAAACUGACCAGAGCGCAGGAGAAGGUUCUUCAGAAGCUCGGAAAGGCUGAUGAGACCAAAGAUGUUGCUUUUGAGGAAGGAGUUAUCAACUUCAAUAAACAAUAUACCGAGGGAAGCAAACUUCAGAGGGACCUGAGGGCAUACCUGGAGGCAGUGAAAGCCAUGCACGAGUCCUCCAAGAACCUGCAGGAAUGUCUGGGUGACAUGUAUGAGCCGGAAUGGUACGGGAAGAAUGACGUGGACUCCAUAUUAGAGGACUCUGAUGUACUCUGGACAGAUUACCACCAGAAGCUGGUCGAUCACGCUCUCAUCUCCAUGGACACUUACCUCGGACAAUUCCCUGAUAUUAAGGCACGUAUAGCCAAGAGGGACAGAAAGCUGGUGGAUUAUGACAGUGCCAGGCACAACUACGCCACGACGCACAAGGUCAAGAAAAAGGAUGGGGCCAUUAAAAUUACAAAGCCCACGUCUCUUUUGGAGAGAGCCGCACCAGGCUGGGCUCAGGGGAUUCUGUCUGCCCACAGUGUUGCCCAGAGCAGUCUGUCCAGGAGCCAGGCUGAGGAGGAGUUGGAGAGAGCACAGAAGGUGUUCGAGGAGAUUAAUAUUGACCUGCAGGAAGAGUUGCCCUCUCUCUGGAACAGUCGUGUCGGAUUUUAUGUCAGCACCUUCCAGAGUUUGGCCGGAUUUGAGGAGAAGUUUCACAAGGAAAUUAGUCGGUUGGAUCAGGACUUGUAUGAUGUCUUAGUGAAACUGGAGCAGUCAGACACGACCAGAAAGUCAGAUAACCGUGGCGUCGCGACAUCAGGACCGAGUAGGAGUGACAAAGAACCGUCAAACCACACUCUCAGGCCAGGAGGACCGCCACCGAUUCCUAAAUCUCCAUCCAAGUUAAAGCCAGCAGUGCCUCCUCCACCCAAGGUGACCCCGUCUAAAGAGAUGAAAACAGAAAACAUUAUCAACUUGUUCGACGCUGCAGCCGCUCCAGAUAUCAGUGUCACGUCUCCUACAGAGUUUGACGGUCUUGCAGUGACAAACCUGCUGGACAUGGAUCUGGACUCUUUCAGUGCAGCAACCAAAGCCUCCACAGUGACACAGCCGGCAAACUGGGAUUCAUGGACUGAGGAUGAAAAUGUCCAGGAAGAGGAAACCAACGAGCACUAUGACCCCAUAGCAGCAGCCACGGAGGGCUGGGGCGAUGACGGCUCGCUGCCUCUCCACUAUGACCCCAUAGCAGCCGCCAGUGAGGGCUGGGGGGACGACGGAUCCCUGCCAGUUCACCAAGACCCAGUGGCUGCGGUUCAGGAGGAAGGGGGAGAUGAUGGGAGCCAGCCAGUUCAUCCUGAACCUGUGGCUGAGGCUCAGGCCGACUGGGCUGAGGAUGAGAGCCCACCGGCCACUGCUGUGGAAACACCUCCAGCUGAAGCUUCAGCUGAGACCCCCGAGGAAGAACCCACCCCAGCUGCUGAAGAGGUGGAUAAUGAAGAGGGUCAGAAUGAAUCUGCAGAAGCUGCUGAGGCAGAAGCACCAGUGGAAGAAGAAGAAGAAGAAGAAGAAGAAGAAGAAGAGCAAAAAACAGUAGAAGAAGAAGCCCCGGCAGCAGCAGCAGCAGCUGUGGAAGUAGAAGAAAAAGAAGAAGAAAAUACGCCUGCAGCAGCAGCAGCAGCAGCAGCAGCAGCAGCAGCAGCAGCAGCAGCAGUAGUAGUGUCACCAUCAGAGCCAUCAGAAGCCACGUCAGAGUCUGCAGAAAUGCCCCCUAGUUUCUUGUUCAAGGUCCAGGUGAUGCACGAUUAUGCCGCCAACGACACCGACGAACUGGAGAUGAAGGUCGGAGACGUGGUGCUAGUGAUUACCUUCGACAACCCCGAUGAACAGGAUGACGGCUGGCUGAUGGGAGUCAAGCUGGAGGACUGGCAGCAGAACAAGGAAAACGCCACAAAAGGAGUAUUCCCGGAAAACUUCACCCAGAGGCUGUGAACGAGAUGGAGCAGAUGUCAUUCCGGCGGCUUUCUUUCUGUGUCUCCCUUCCUUUCGCCUCUGUCCUUCAUAUACCCCCCCCCCACUCUGAACUGUAUCCUUACUAGGACUUUGGCCAUAGGAGCAGAGCUGUCCCGGCCCUCGCAAAAAUCAUGCAUUUGUAAGGUCUGCUGCACUCUGCUCAGAGCAGAUCUUGCAAUUUCUAUGGAUUUCUGCCGACAUCUUUGAAUUUCAGAUCCACGUAGUCACAGCGGCGUUGGCAGUUGCUGUGUUGUUCCUAAAUACAAGAAGGGUUUGACCGCCCACAGGUGUGGUCCAGUGACGGGCUACCGCUCCAAUCACAUCACCAUCUUUUAUUUUUCGUCA